AUGUGGAGGGACAGGUGGUCGUCGGGUGAUCUGGCAGAAGAUCCCGACCUGCCGAACAUCAUUGUGAGCUUGCUGCAGGACGUGAAUGCCAUCGUCAAGAACUCCGGCAAGGAGUCGCCCUUCAAGAGGCUCACCGUGGCGUUCUCGCAAUCGUCUUUCGUGGUGACCAUCGCCAACGGCAAGAUCUACGUGGUCAAGAAGAAGUGA